AUGAGGUCAUCAACUAUAUGCAUGCCUGGCUCUAUCCCCCCUGAUUCAAAUCUCCAAAAUGGAAAUCAUGCACCGAAAAACGAUUCGUCUUUGGAUCAAAUAGGAGAACUCAAUAGGCUACGUAAUGUUACUUUGGGAAAAACUGUCGGAUUGUAUAGAUUGCGGGGAGAUCUUGGAUCUGGAAAUUUUUCAAGAGUUAAGAUGGCCAUCCAUCAUCCGACAAACGAACGAGUUGCCAUUAAAAUUUUGGAUAAAACGAAGUUAGAUGAAAAGACGCGUAGAAUGCUGGCCCAAGAAAUAGCUACUAUGGAAGGUAUUUGCCAUCCGCAUGUGAUAAGGCUGUUCGAGGUCGUAGAAACAUAUGCUCAAAUUUACCUAGUCACCGAAUAUGCGUCAGGUGGCGAACUGUUCGAAAAGAUCUCAGUCCAAGGCAGAUUUAAGGAAGAAGAAGCAAAGCCGUUAUUUGUACAGAUUUUAUCUGCAGUGAAAUAUAUGCAUACCUUGGGCUUUAUCCACAGGGAUAUUAAGGCGGAAAAUGUCUUUUUCGCAGGACCGGGUUUGAUCAAAUUAGGAGAUUUUGGGUUCAGUACACAUCUCACCCAAGGGCCUGAUCAAGUUUUGAGGACAUUUUGCGGUAGUCCCCCUUACGCAGCGCCAGAAUUAUUCAGAGAUGAAUCUUACUUAGGGCCCUAUGUGGAUAUUUGGGCUCUCGGCGUACUGCUCUAUCUGGUAGUUACUGGAACCAUGCCUUUUCGAUCUCGCACUGUUCCUGGUCUGAAAACUCUUAUCCUCGAAGGAAAAUUUGUUACGCCAGAGCACGUCAGCCUGUCCUGCCAAUCGCUAAUCUAUGGUACGUUGUGUCAAAUACCUCUAGAAAGACUGACCAUCGAUCAAAUGUUGGAGAGCGAGUGGCUCAAAGGUACGACCGUGCCGAUGCAAGUGCCAUUGCAAGAUUGCCUGACAUUACCGACAAUUGCAACAGAUUCAAACCAGAUACCUGGAAUUGAACGUGUGGCGCGGCUAAUGUUGGAAAAAAUGGGAAUCGACGAGGCAUCGUUGGCGUCACAUGUGGACAAAGGAUCACGAUCGAGUGUAAUUGGUACAUACCGAGUACUCAUGCACAAGCUAACCAAACCUCCACGAAGUACGGUUCAAUCUGAAACAGGUUGUCGCCAUAGCUGCAGUCCAACUGCUACGGCACCAUCUUCAAAUUCAAAGAAAGGACUUAAAUCUAAGACGUGUUCUAUACUAUGAUUAUUGCUGUAGCUCUGGUAUCAACUACGGAUAAUCUUCUUGAAACGUUGAAAUGCCAUGUGCGGACAGUCAAGGUAUGCAACUUUAUUUGCAUCCCGCCCAUUGCGUUUGUAUUAUGAAAGGACAUGUAUUUUGAAUUGUAACAUACUCACUCUCUAGUCGGAAAGAAGUAGAAAAUUAGAGAAACGGACAAUGUUGAGGUUCAAAAAAUUUUAUCUUUGCAUCGCUUUUGGGGUACGUAAAGCUUGUCAUGAUUUUUAUAUCUUAUACCAAAAAAUUACGUGAGCGCGUAACGUGUACGCGACCACCUGGUCUCCAUACAUUCUCUCCGACCCCCUUCUUUUAUGGAUUGUCCUCGUACUGUUCUUAUUAUUAAUCAUUGUAUACAUGAAUUAACAGUUGCAAUUAGGCAUCGGAGAACAGAAAAAAUUACUGAUGACUUUUCAGCGUUUCGUUUCAAAAAUUAGGUACUACAUAAAGAUAAAAUUGUGACAAGCAGCGUCGGUAGCUUGAUAAGCUCUACUGUAUUUCAUAUCAUUGGAUAUCAGUAAAAUGGGCAAUUGGAUAAAAUAUGCUCACGAAAUUAUAGAAAAAGUUCACUUGUAUGUAAGUGUUUUCAUUGUAAACAGUGUACAAAAAAAAAAUGACGGUUAAUAUACUAAGUAUGUUGUGCCAGCUUGUGCUGACAAUGGAUGUCGUAUGAAAAAUUUGACUUUUACCAUGGUUUAUGUCAAAUAAUAAAUAAAAAUAAUAAGAAUGGUUAA